AGAGAGAGACAGAGACAGAGACAGAGAGAGAGAGAGAGAGAAGAAAAUAGGAUAGUAAAGGAAUGUUUAGAAUGUUCAAAAUGUAAGCAGAGUGAAUACAGAAGAGAUGUAGCAAGUGAUGGCUGUAAAGAAGGAUGCCAGAAAAUAGAAAAGUAAAGGGAGAGAGAAAGAGAAUUUGGCUGUUAGUGGGAAAAGAAAGGAGAAAAAGAGAACAAGGGAAAUAAACAAAUUAAAAUAAAACAAAACCAAAACAUAAAAAAAUAACAUUUUAGUUCUCAAAGACAAGGGAAAAUAAGUAGUGUUAAAAAAAAUGCUAAAAAUGAGAAAAAAAAUGUAAACCAAUAUAUAUAGGUAUAUAUAUAUUCAUGAAAUAUUCAGCACAAUAAAAACACCAAAAAAGGAUACAACAUUUUAUGAUAAGUAAAAGAAUUUUCCUCUUUUGGGCUAUAUGAGAGAUGGAGACCAAGCUCUGGGAGUUGUUAACCCCUUCCUCUUUUUCUAUUGCUCUCAAAAGUUGCCAACAGGAAUGGUCUAAAACUGAAGCUGGUUGAAAUAGCUCUCAGCUUCUUACCAGUGUAAGGGGUGAUGGAAUGGGAAGGACUGUUGACUGGAGUUUUCUCUCACAGACCAGAUUGAUGCACUCCUAGAGUCUAGCCUGCUACAGAGUUCCAAUUGGGGAGAUCUGGUGGCUGCGGCUUGAAGCCUUUGGAACUUGGUUGGAUGGUAUUUGCUCUGGAGAGAUUAGGUCAACACACUCUAUGGCCAGGCAGAUGCAGAUCUCUGCUGGAAGUCUGGAUCUCUUGAACUUCCCAAGAACUCUACUUGUGGGGCAGGAGAGCCAACCCUGCACAGGUGUCACACACUCAGCUGCCCACAAAUAUGGCCUUCCCAGGGUUAGUCCCUGAGUGUGCUCAUGCCCUCCUUCAGAUUCCCAACCCUCUUCAGGGAGGUCACGUGAGCCACCAGACUGAAUGGGACAGUGAGUUGCAAUUCUCGCAGUAUUUCUGACUUGAAGUCCCCCCACCCAACCUGACACACACAGUGUUGUGUGUGCCUGUUUCACUCAUUGUUCUAGGUACAACCCAGGCCAUACUGUGGGUACUCAUCUGGACAGUAUAGAGAUAUUUGUUAGGAUCUCCGGGACUCUGGAAGCAGGAAGCUGCAGCAUGGCCUCCUCAGAAUGGUUCCUGUCUCAGCUGUCUGCUUGCCAGUUAGGAAACAGAGAACUCUUUUCAAACUCCUGUUCACUGUGCGGCCAGUGGAUCAGUUAAAUACAUGCUGUUUUUCUGAUCUACAGGUUUUUCUGUGCCAAGUGUGUUUUUCUCUGUAUCUUUCCUCCUCUCUGUGGUGAGCCAGUGCCACUGCCACAACCAACUUGGUUCCAAUGUAUUUUUAAUUUUUGUUCAAUGCACAAGGAUUUCUGAGUCUUGAGUAGCCUCUGACUGUCUAAUAUUGAAUUUCAGUGAAUUUCCUCUUUUACCUAACUCUCUGAAAAGCAGUACACCUACUAUUUGCAUCCCAAGUUCCAGAGAAACUGGAAAUGCAGACAUCCUCUAGUGCACCAUCUUGAAUCUCACUUCUUUGGCAAUUUUUAAAUAGGGUUGCUUGUUGUUUUGUUAUGGGGAACUUUGUGUUCCUUGUAUAUUUUGGGGAGUAGCCCUUAUCUGAUGUAUGAUUUGCAAAUACUUUCUUCCAGUGUAUGAGUUUCUUUUCACUUCUUAAUUAUUUUCUUUUGGGGGCAGAAACACUUUGGUUGAAUGCUUUUCUAUUGGUAUAUUUUUCCUUUUGUUGCCUGUGCUUUGAGGAUCAUAUCCAAGAAAGUUCUAUCCAGACCAAUGUCAGGGACUUUGCUCCUAUGUUUUCUUCUGGUAGCUUUGUAGUUUCAGUUGGUGUGUGUGUGUGUGUGUGUGUGUGUGUGUGUGUGUGUGUGUUUUGGUAAGUGUUUUUCCUCUUUUUCUCAGGAUGGUCUUGAACUCAUGUGCUUAUCCUGCCUCAACCUACCACGUAACUAGAACUCAGGCCUGCUCUACCAUACCCUGCUUCAGGACUUACAUUUAAAUCUUUUAUGCACUUUGAGUUUGAUUCUCAUAUAAGGACUUAUAUGAAGGUCCAUUUCCAUUCUUAUGUUUGUGAAUAGCUUGUUUUUUUCAACAGCUUUUAUUGAGAUACCAAUUUCAUAUUCUGUACACUUGGCACCUUUGUCAAGAAUGCAUUCACUGUACAUGUAUGGGUUUAUUUCUGAGUUCCUUUCCAUUGGUCGUCAUGUUUGUUUUCUUGCCAAUACCAUGAUGCUUUAUUUAUUGUAGUUUUAAAAUCUAUUUUGAAAUCUGGUUUUAUUAUAUUCCCAGCAUUGUCCUUUUUGAUCAAUACAGUUUUGAUUUUGGGGGGGGUCUAUUUUUGUCACCUUUUUGAUUGCUGUGAACAAAAGACCUGACCAGAACAAUUUUAGAGGAGGAAAAAUUUACUUGGGGACUUGCAGUUUCAGAGGUCACUAUCCAUAGAUGGCUGACUCCAUUCCUUGGGGCCCUAAGUAAGGCAGGACAUCAUGGAAGAGGAGUGAGUUGGAGGAAAGCAGCUCAGGACAUUUCACCAGGAAGCUGAGAGAGUGAGCUCCGCCCAACUACACAAAAUAUGUACCCCAAAGGCAUACUGCCAAUGACCCACCUUACCUAGCCACAACCUACCUUCCUACAGUUACCACUCUGUAGCUCCUACCUGGGAUUAAUACUAGUUAGGUUAAGACUCUCAUAACCAAGUCAUUUCACAUCUAAGCUUUCUUGUAUUAUCUCGCACAUGAAUUUUUGGGGGACACCUCAUAUCUAAACCACAGCAGGGUCUUUUGUGGUUCCACAUGAAUUCUAGAAAUUUUUUCCCAUUUCGUUGUUGAAUGAAAUUAGAAAUUUGAUAAACCCAACUGGUUUUGUUUUUUCCUUUUCCUUUUUCUUUUUCUGUGGUGCUGAGAUUAAACCCAUGACCUCAAGCAUGCCAGGCAACUGCUCUGCCACUGAGCUCCACUCCCAGCCUGAUGACCCUGUUUCUGGUGGAGCCUUCUGUCCUUGGGUCUUCUCUUCAUCCCACUGCUCCGAGACCUCCCCAGCAGGAGUCUUGGUGCUGACAGUCAUUGGCUCUGAGCACAGUGCAGGAUACCUUGACCUCCCUGCUGUUCUCAGCAUCAUGCCCUCUUUCUCCCAGUGUGGGCAUCACCCUCCUGAUGGUCUCUUGCCCACUUCUUUAUCCAACCCUUGCCCAUUUUAUACCUCUACUCUCCACCCUACAGGUGCUGGACUUUAUCUCUCCCUGGUCCCACUGCACCUCUCUGCUGUGGGACCUUUUCCUCACCACCCCUGCCUACCUGCCUGGAGCCCUCACCAACUUCUACCUGUCACAAGCCCCCUCUGGUGGGACCUUUGCAAUCUAUAGCCACUCUCAUCUGCCUUCAUCCAGAGCAACACCCCUGUCUUCCCCCUAACCCGGUUCUCCUAGGGUCACCUCUAUGCUGUGUUCAACCCCCACCCCUAGUCAUUCCUUGACCAGGCUACUAAUCUCUCUUGCCCUUCCCUCCUCCCCUUCCCAUCCAUAUUAGAAAAAGGCUCUUGGUCCUCCUGCUCUUUGCCCUUCUCCCUCUUUUUGGGGGUUCCUUUACCUUAGAGGGCUUUGGCUCCCUCAGCCAUGUGUCCAAAUCUGUGUUUUGGUAAUUGGUUGGUCCUGGUGUUCCCCAACUAUGGCCUCUCCCAUCACCACUUUCGUCCUGUGAUAUUUUUUAUUUGUUUGUUCAUUUCUUUGUGUUGGACAUUGAACCUGGCCUCAACCAUGCACUCCACCUCUGAGUAACACCCCUGGCCCCUAUGUUUUCCUAACCUGAUGCUCUUUUGGGAUGUGACCUGCUCCACUCCAGCCCUUCCACUGUGAAGGGCCUCCCCCAGGUUGUGCAAGUUGUCCCUCUUCCUUUAUACACUUUGUAUAGUAACCUCAAGAUCAUCCAUAGUGUAACAACUAACAGAAUGCCCUUCCUUUUUAAUUCAGAAUAAUAUUCCUUUGGCAUAUAAGCCACAUUUUGAUGAGGUGUUCCUCAGUUGAUGGGUACUUGGGUUACUUAUAUCUUUUGGCUUUUUGGAACAAUGCUGUUAUUAAUGUGGGUGUGCACAUCUCUGCAUUUACCUGCCUUCACUACUGUUGUGUUUAUGGCCAGAAAUACAGUAACUGGAUUAUACAGAAAGUAUCUUUUGAGCAUUUGGAGGGACCCCCUUACUAUUUUCAUAGCAGCUGCACCAUUGUAUGCAUAGGUAAGCAAUUCACCUGUGCUGCAAUUUUCUAUGUAUUUGUGAAAUUGUUCAUUCCACAUUCUUUUUUUCUAAAUGGUAGCCAUCCUCAUGUGUACAACAUGGAGUCUUAUUGUGCUUUUAUUUUCAUUUCCCUAAUGACUGAUGAUGUUGAGUAUCUGUUCAUGUGCUUCUUAGGUAUUUGUAUAUCUACCAGGGAACUGGCUGUAGAGAUAUUUUGCCCAAUUCUGAAUAGAUUCAACUUUUAUAUUAUUUUUGAGUUGUCAAGAUCCUUUUCUGUUUGCUUGUUUUGGGAACUGGGAUCAAUCCCAGGCUCUUGCACAUACUAGGCAAGUGCUCUACAGCUGAGGAUUUCUACCCCAGCUCAAGUAUUGCAAAUAUUUUUACCCCAUUCUGCAGGUCACCAUUUCUGUGGGUAUGCUUUGGUGUUUAGAUGUUUUUAUGUUAAUUAUUUUGAUGGGUCAAAUUUAUCAAUUGUUAUCUAUAGUGUCUGACAAGUGCUUGUGGUGUCAUAUCAUUGAAAAUUAGUCAAUUCUUUUUUCUGAAGAUUAUUGCCAAUACAUUUUCUAACAAAUAUGUUUAUCUAAUAUAUACAUACAUGUAUGCAUAUGUAUAUACAUAUAUACAUAUAUAUAUUAUUAGUAAUAUGAAUUGAACCUAUAAUCUCUCACAUGCUAAUAAGAAAUCUAACACUGAGCUACAUGACAGGCAUUUUAAAAAUUUUAUUGUGAGAUAGGGUCUCUGACUAAGUUUCCCAAGUUGACCUUGAACUUGCAUUCAUCUGCUUCAGUUUCCUGAGUAGCUGGGAUUACAGGCAUAUAUCACUAUAUGUAGCUGCCAAUGUGUUUUCUUCUAAGUUUUAUAGUUUGCAUUUUGAGUUUGUGUGUGUGUGUGUGUGUAUGUGUGUGUAUACAAUCUGCAUAUUGAACCCAGGCACUUGGACAAGCUAGGCAAGCACUCUCUCAUUGAGAGUUAAUUUCUAUUCCAGAGUUAAUUUCUAUCUGUGAAUAAGUAAAGGGUCCAACUUCAUUGUUUGUGAGUGGAAAUCCAAUUUUUCCAGCAUUAUCUAUUGAAAAGAUACAUCAGAUCUUUGAAAACACUGCCAGCUGCCUUUUCUCAGGAGAUGCUAAUAGGACCAUUUACCUCCCCUACCUAGGGCCUCCAGAUGUUUGAUCUUUUGAGUUGGACCCACCUAUUGCUUUACAUCCCUUUAUGGUACAACCCUGCUCAAUACUUUUGGGGCCACAACCCUCCCUUACACUGCCCCAACCUGCCUGUCCCACCUUAUCCAUGAGAAGUCUGCAGAGAGGCAGCACCCCUAUUUCAGCCCCCUGCCCCCCUGCCCUAUCCCCUGCACAUGUGUGACCAUGGGUCCACCCUCCCUCCACCCUUCCUGGGCCUUCCCUGCUGUGCACAUCUGGACCUCCUGUUCCUCCUGCCCCUGCAGGCCAGCCUCUCCUCUUGAACUCUCUCCUAUACACUUAGGCAACCUGUUCCCCUGUCUUGGGCCCUGGCUUCUAUGCCUGCCCCUCUCCAUUUCCCCUUUCUCCAUCCCUCACUUCCCCUCUCCUUCAUCUUUACUUUCCUAUCUGCAUUGUAUUGGGAACCUUUCUUCUGUCCCUUUGUCUGUGUGUGUUUGCUGCCUCCUCGGGUGCUCAGGACAGCAGAGCCUUUGUGGUGAGCAUUGAUGAGAAGUUGUUUCCAGGAAGAGGUGUCAUCUGUUGCUUCCUCUUCCACAGGGAACCACAGUCUUCACUAUAACCUCACAGUGAGGUCCCAAGGUGGAUUAGUGCAAUCAAGGUCCUUUGCUGAUGGUUAUUGGGACCAUCAGCUCUUCCUUCACUAUGAUAGUGACUCUAAAGAAAGCCCCAAACCCCAAGGGCCAUGGGCAGAAAAACCCUUGGGAAAUGAGAGGUGGAACAUAGAGAUCCAGGAGUUGAAAGAGCACAUCAAGAAAGCAAAAGCAACCCUGGCAGAUAUCAAUGCCCAGCAGGAGCAGAGAGGAGGGUCUCAUUCCCUUCAGGAGAUUUGGGGCUGCAAGAUUGAAGAGGACAACUGCACCAGGAGCUUCUGGAUGAUCUACUAUGAUGGGGAGCCCUUCCUCUCCUAUCACCCAGAGACACGCAGCUUGAGAGUGGAGCCAUCCUCAGCUCAGACCUUGGCUAUGGAAGUCAAGAAUUCCUGGGAUGAAGAUGGCAUUCAAAGCAAGGACAUCUGGGCCCAAGUGCAGGGAGAGCUUUGUGGAAAACUUCGGACUUAUCAAGUCUCCUGGAAGGGCUCCUCCCUCUCCCCUGGAGCCUCUGCCCAGGAGACCUUGUUGUCACCAACAGUGAAUAUGACCUGUGGUGAAACCUCUGAGGACACCAUCAACGUGACAUGUUGGGCUUGUGGCUUCUAUCCCCAGAAUAUCUCUGUGACCUGGCUUCAAGAUGCGGAACUCCUGAGUCAGGACACCCAGGACUCUGUGGAUGUUUUUCCCUAUGGGAAUGGGACCUACCAGACCUGGCUGUCCACCAGGAUUCCCCAAGGACAGGAGCAGAGGUUCAGCUGCCAUGUGGUACACAUUGGAAAGAACACCACUGUCCCUGUGUCCUGUGGUGUUGGACUUUGGAAGGGAUGGCCCAUCUUCCUAUCUGUUGCUGUUCUGAUUAUGACAGUUAUGAUUCCUGUUUGUGUCUAUUGCUGCAAGAAGAGCAAGACGCCAUCAGCUGCAGAGGCUUCAGAGCAAAUGAGUCUACAAGACCUGGAUGGUUCUGAAAAGAGUCUCAAACACAUGAGUACUUAAGAUUCCUUGGAGAUCUUUGAUUUAGAAUUCAUUUGUUAUAAUGAUAUUAGUAAAUAUUUUGAAAUUGAAAGUGCAUUUACUUAGAAAAACUAUUUUCAUUGCCAAUUAUAGAUGAAACAAAGUGAUUAUAAAAUCCUGGGGAUGAUGUUUAGCAAAAUAAGUCAUUUUUUGUGACCAUGAACUAUGACAGAGACAACAGAAAUUAUAAAUCUUAAUCCUCAAAAUGUAUGGUUCAAAAAAACCCAUCAUGUACUAAAUGCACUAAAUGCAUCAGAGUGUUUUAAUAUGUAAACAAAAUAAAUGACAGAUUAUUGUUAAAAAAAAAAAAAAAAAAAGACCUGGAUGGGCUGCAAAGACCACCAAGUGACCACACUGGAUCCACACAGCUGGGGUGUCAGCCUCUGCUGAGAGCUCCUAAGGCAUCUCAGGGAGCUUAGCCUGUGCAGCCCUGCUCUGAGCAGCACUUUCCCUCCUUCUCAAUGAUGUGGAAACACAUUGAUUGACUUGGGACUGGGGAAUGUAUAUAAGGUCUUUUCUUCUUAGUGGAAUAUAGAUAGGUGGUCCAUAAAUGGAUUUGCCUUCCCUAACAGCACUCUGUACCAUGCUGAAGCAGUUAAACUUGGUAAGCUGGUGGAAGGGCCUUUUGACUAAGUCAUUAUAGUGCCAAAUAGGUGGUAAUAACUUACAGGACUGGGGCAAGUUUGUCACCCAGUAGGUGAAGAACCGUGACCAGCUGAGGUGUUUACUCAAAGCAAAGAGAACACAGAGCAGGGAAUAGAGUAAACCAACUCUAAUUUGUGACUGACAUGAAAACAAGAGUUAUCAUAGUUUUUAUGAUUAAUAAAUUUAUUAUUACCAUGAUAUAUUGCAAAAUAUUAUUUUCCAAAGACUUUGCCAUUAUCACAAUAAAAAUAAAACCCCUCUGAUUCCUGUGAAUUUAUCUCUGGGUAUCCAAGUCCAGUAAUGAUCUCAUUAUCUGAGCACUGAGAGUGCUUCACUUGUUGCUAUGCCUCUGUAUUGGUGUACUAAUGUCAUAAAAUUUUGUUUGAUUUCCUUGAAAUAUCUGGAUUAAAAAUGCCACUAUUAGGCUAGUGAUAGAUCUCAGUAGUAGAGAACUUGCCUAGCACAUGUGAGGCCUGUGUUUGAUUCCCAGCUUUGCCUCAAGAAACCCUAAGUUCCACUAUUUAACUUACCUAUAUUCAUCUAACAUAUACAAUGAUGAGAGCCAGAAUCUGUGGCAUUUUGCAGUUGCUGCAUGAGCAUGCUGGAUUCAAGUUCUGAGUAAUUUUCCAGUGUUCUUUAUAACAUCUGGGGCAUUGGUGCCAAUGUUUCAAAACCUUUAAGCACAGCUGCUCUGUAGCCUGGCAGAGAUGAGGUGAGCUGGGAGGAAGUCCCACAGGGCAUCUUGAACUUUCCUUUCUCAGAAAUUGCUCAGCAAGAAUUUGAAGAUAGCAAGGACACAAAAAUUCUACUACAGCCUCCAAGGAAGACCUUUUCCUCUUUUAUAGCCUAAUGUGAACAGCAUGCACAUAUCCUGAGCUCUCUUGUGUAGUUUACAUUGUACAGUGACUAAGACAGUGAGCCCUGCUGUGAUCAGAUUACUUCCUUCCUUUUUAGCAAGUGUGUUAUUCUGGUGUUCUAACUCCAAGAUGCAAGGGUCUCUCCAGAAUGUCAGAGACACCUACUGCCCACACAGUGUUCAUGCCCCUGUGUAACAUAGGCCACCUCUGUGGCUCCUGCACUCUUAGCACAAGCCCUCUUCACACUGCCACUCAACUAUUCCAAUUUCCAACCACUUACUGUGCAUGUGUUUUUCAAUUUAAUAUUCAGAUCUAUUCCCUUUACUCUCAUGUUUGCUAAUCAGGAUCAUAGUCACAUGUUAAAUAUGCAAUUUUCAAGUCAUCAUUUAUUGAUAUACAUUUUAAUCAUGGCAUAUAGAGAUGCUAUGGAACUUUUUGUUUUUAUUAUAUCUAAGUUAUACUUGCUUAAAUGGCCAUUAUUGGUGCUUAUGGUUUUCUUCCUUGAUAAGUGAUGGUAAGAUAUAAAAUUAUACUCUGUACUUUGGUUUCCAGCUGCCAAUUAAUUUGGACCAUCCCUCCCAUGGAAUACAACUGAAAAACUGAGGGCAAGAGCACCUACUUGAAAAAUAUGGCUGAAGGGGUAGAUGAGCUAAGAAAGCACUGAAAGUUUACUAGGCCUGGAACCAGAAGGCAGAAAUCUAGAAUAGGAAGUUAAGUGCACUGAGCUUUUGUGCUGGUGGUGUCUUCUGGCUGGGCCAGUGCCUGGGAGCCUCUCAGGGCUGGAGGGCAAAGGCUACAGUUAAAGGGUACAAAAGGGACAUAGGGGGCAACAGCGAUCCCUUGUGUUGGGAUGGGCCCAAAAGGCUAUCCCUUAAGAUUCUAUCAGCCAAUUCUUCUAUGGGUUACAGUUGUAUUUUAACAUAUGUGAUCUAGAGAAUCUGAAUAGCAAAAAGUACAUUAAGGUGUUAUUUCCCACCACUCUUAUUUUAAUUUUUUUUUUCUUUUAAUUGUUUUAAGUUAUCAAGAUCUUUAUUUUUAUCUAUCUAUCUAUCUCUCUACUUAUUUAUAUGUGGUGCUGAGAAUCAAACCUAGGGCCUUACACGUGCUGGGCAAGCACUCCACCACUAAGCCACAACCGCAGCCCCCAGCACUCUUGUUAAGCAUUAUAAUUGAGAACCUCCUCAAUGUUUUCAAGGGAGAAAAUAAAUAAUAUAGAAGGGUUUGAACAGAGAUAUUGAACUCUCAUAAUUUGCAAAUAAUAAUAUGUUGAAUUCAUAAAGUCCCAAAUUAUUAUAAAUUCUUGGAAUUAAUAACAUAGUUUCCUAUGGUUGCUAGAUUAAUAUAUCUAUUUCAAUGUUUUAUAUUCCAGAAGUGAACAGAGUAUAAAUUUAACAAGAAAUCAUUGACAUAGUAAGAAUACAUUUUAUACACUUCUAGAAUGAAAUCUACAAUUUUUCCUCCAAAUAGCAAAUGGGGUAUAUUUUAAUAAACUUAUUCAGUAAUUAGAGUAGACAGUUAACUAACUGAAGACAAUUGCCAAGAUUCUGGCUUGUGAUUCAAUAUUUCAAUGGCAUUAAUUUCCAAAAAUGUUUCAAUAAUUCUAAUCAACCUCAAUCAAAUAUCCACUAGGCAUUGUGUGGCACUUGGUUGGGGGAUUCUAAGCCUUUUAUAGAAAUAUACAUGAAUAAUAGCCAAGACACCUUUAAACAAGAAGAAUAAGGGACUGUAUUCUCUUAGUAGAUAUCAAGACUUACAUUGCAGUUAUCAUAAGCAGAGAGUAGGGUGUUGAUACAGAGAUAGACAAAUAGAUUUGUGGGUAGAAAGACACAAACCAAACAAUACACAUGAAGAUAUUAUGAGACUACAGUGUGUAUCAGAGAGAGAGAGAGAGAAAGAGAAUACAAACUGGCACUAUAUGUAAAAUAGUGAUAUCUGAGAUAUCUACACAGCAGACUAAGAUAUUUCCUGGCUUUAGAGUGUUGAUAUAUAAUACUGAUAACAUUAGAGAUUGAUGGGUAAAGAACAAAUUUUAAAGAAAUGAUUUUAGUGCAAUUGGUUACCCGUAUGGAAAAAAUGGAAUUGUACUCAUCUCUUCCAAAAUAUUAAUUAACAUGGUAGACUACCUUCACUACCUUAGCAAAGGGAAAUGUUUUUCAUCCAAGUUACAAUAAAACAUUUACUCUAAGGGAAAUGGGAUAAAAUUAAAGAUAUUAAAUUUGAGAUUCCAGAUCAUUUGGACAUUUUCCAUUCCUAGUGGACAAUGGUAAUGACUAAAUGUCCUUCAGCAAAAUCUCAUUAAGAAGAAUAUACCUUGGAAUGCAUUAUAGGGAUCUUUCUUAAAGGCACCUAACCUUCUAGUCAAAGGAUGGCAUCUGACAUAUAAUUUGGCUUUGGUUGGAACUGGGUAAGAGUUCAGAAGACAUGAGAUUACCCAGAAUACUUAGCAGUUCUUACACCUACAUGUGUCAAGAGGCACAUAAACUCCUUGAUGAGGAGAGUGUCCUCCCAGCACUCUGAGGAGGAGAUAUGGUGAGGAGAGAGUUGAGCAGGUUAUAUGUAAUCUUUACAUACCACAUUCCCAUUUCUCUGAGCCACUGUAGAUGCCUCCCUCUACAAUUUAUCUGAGGUAUCUGCACAGCAGACUAGGAUAUUUCCUGGCUCUAGAGUUUGCUUCAAUUUCUAGCUGGUUUUGAUUCACACCCAACAGUGAGACUCUCUGCUCUGAGCCACUGCUUCUUCCAUUGGUUGCUCAUUGGAAUCCCUGGAGAGUUUCACAGACAGGAUUGGUACUUGAAUUACUUUUCUGGUGAAUGAGAUUGAAGGAUAUAAUUUGUGAUCCUGGCCUGGGGCUAUUUAAGGCUAUCCCAGGUGACUCAAAGUGAAGAUGAGUUUGAGAAGCACAUGCUGUCUGACUAUAUUCAUAUGUCAUUCUGGAAGAAGAAAAUCUACAUGAACAGAAAACAGAUUUAGAUUGUUAUCAAGAGUUGGAUAGGAGAGUGAUAAAUAAGAUUCAAAAGAAAAUUUUAGGAUGAAGGAUCUGUUCUAUGCAGAACGGAUGUAAUACGUUUUGGAUGUAUUAGGGUGUUAUGGUUUGAAUCUUAAAUGGCCCCCCAAAACUCAUGUGUUUAAAGGCUUGGUCUCCAGCUGACAGCACUUUGGGGAGGUGGUGGAAAUUCUAGGAUCUGGGACUUGGGACCUAGUUGAAGGAAGUAGGUGAGUAUGUGGGAGUGUAUCAUUGAAGGAUAGAUAUUGUCCCCAGCACCUGUUGCAUGUUCUCUCCUCUCUCUUUCUCUCUCAAGGAAACUCUAAAUGCACACACACACACACACACACACACACACACACACACACCUUCUGUAAGUAAAACGUAUAUACUCAACAAUAUCACAAAUUUAACUGUGGCCAGGGUGUAUGUGUUUCAUUCAUUUUUAGGUCAUUGACACCAAGAAAGAGUAAUCCUCAUUAACUUGUGGCUGUCCUAAUCUAGUAAUUAAACAUUUUCUUGUCUUGUUUCUUGUUCACCAAUGAGAAGAAGGAGCUGCAUUUGUGGUCAGUUCUGGUCUUCUGGGAGAUCCUUCCUUUCUUUCUGGAUUGAAUCUCUGUGUUAAUUCAUGCAUGUUUCCCUCCCUCUACUCAAAAAUCAUUCAAGAUAACUAGAGUGUAAAGAUUCAGAAAUUCUUAGUCUAUCUGGCAGGAUUCCACUUCCAAAGAUGACAGAUCAGCCUGUUUCAAACCAACCCAUCCCCCCAGGAACAAUGGUGAAUCGGUCAGUAGGUAAAAAUAUCCAUGUGAAGGCACUGGAGAGUGAUCAAGGCAAUGAAGCCUCUGAGACCAGAGUUUAGACAGAGGAAAAUCCCAGGUAUGUGAGCACUACAUUUGACAACUCUCUGCUUCAAAGUGUAUGUCAAGUUCAGGCUGGUAGCUGGGAGCCUGGGAAGCAGAGUGGGAUUUUCAGAAGAUUUCACUGGUAGAGAAAUUUAACAUUGGAGAAUACAGUUUUACAGAAUGAAAAUGAAUGAACUAUUGUUAUAGCAAAAAAAGUGGAUGACCUCACCAAAACAAACAAAUUUGAGCAAAAUAAGGGUGUAUGGAAUCACUUAUCUCAAGCCCAGCAAAUGGAUUUGGAGAAGCCCAUAGAAUGAAGGCUCUCACAAGUGAUUUGUCUGACAACAGAGAUUAUCACAAGAGAUUUUUCUAAUCUGCAGCUUGUGACUGCAGAUAUACAAGCACAGCAAUUAGCACAAGGACAGCUAGUAGUUUAUGGAACACUUGCCUGAUGCUCUCUUUUGCAAAUCCAAUCCAAGGAAGCAGCCUGGUAUGUUAGGGUAACAAGUUUACCUGGUAUCUGCCAAUGCUACAGCCACCUGCCUAUCAGAGCUCACCAGCCCCUAUGUAGUGCCACAUGUGCCCAGGAACUUUCCUUCACAUGAUUUAUGUAACUUACCCCCAAAAUCCUCAAGUGUGUUCUUUGAUUUUCCAAAAAACAAGACACCAGCAUGGUCUGCAUGUGUCUAAAAGGUCAAUUCUAUUCUGUGCUGAUUCCCAAAUAAAACCUGUUGCUUGAGAUUUGU